AUGAUAUCUAUGUUGUACACAUACAGGUGUGACACUCCUAUGACAGGCAGAGCUUAAUGCCCAGGAAGACUCAGGGCAUUCCGGUUUGAGCUUUAAAAUCUCUUCAUGCACUUCUACGAUUACAAAUCUAACUGAAGUUUGCAUCUAUUCACCAGACAAAAAACCAAGAAGUGUGUCCGGGUACUAGUCAGGUCUGUGGUGAGUCCUCUGUAACACACACGAUCUUUGACGCCGGCUUUUCUGCCUGUAGUUCUCAGGCUCGCGCUACUGUACGGACUCUGGGCUUCUGUCGUGGAUGUGGGCGCACUGAACGGAUCUUUUAUAGGAAACAGAGACGAACAGCGUGGUUAAUAUUACUGUGAGCCGUUAGGAAUCCAACUAACAUGGAGUUAUUUAUUACCUGACGUUGCUAAGUUAGCUGUCGAAACAGCCUGCCACCUGCUGGUACUGUAAUGUGGGUUAUCUGAACCGGUGUCGUUACCUCACAUGAUGAUGAUUAGUUGACACGUUUUGUUUCUGUACCUUUUAGCUAGCUAGCUGGCUGCAGACGACCGGUGGGCCUUCAAAAUAAAGUUUUAAGAUGUAAAAUAUGGAUAGUUCUUUAUUUUUCUGCUCAUUGAAUACGUUUACCUCGUGUUAGGGUAUUUGUAAACGUAUGAUCAGUCUGAUCAGGCUUUGCGGAUUUUAGUCUAACCACCAAGGAGUUUAUUUUGAAAGCGUUUCUGGGACAGUGAAGGAGCAGCAUCUCUGAGCUUUGACCCUUCUGGUUACUAGAAUGGGCACAGAAGUGGCUGUGAGCUGCACCAUGUUGUUCAUUGUGCUGGACGUCCUCCUCACUACUGUCCUGUACAUCCACGGGUCUCAUCUGAGGAGAUUUACUCAAGAGGCUCUGGAUUUUAACAUCUUGGGGUCUGCCUUGGACCUCUGGGGCACCGUGCUGCUCAGAGCGUCCUUCCUGUUGGGAGCCUCCAUAGGGGUGUCAUGGAACAAGCAGGAGGGCCCUUCAAGGGUGGCCAAGUUCACCAUCCUUGUUCUCCUUACCUUCAUGCUAGUUAUUACCUACAGCCUGGCCAAGCUCCUGAUGCUGAGCGAGCAGGAGUCUCUCAACCACCAGCCAUGGUCCCUCAGCCUGAUAUGCUGGACCUGUGCCUCCUCUCUGGGUGUCAUUCUGUUCUGGAAGCAACUUGGGAGAGCAUCAAACUCUGUGAGCAGUCUCAGCAGCAGACAGGGCUUUGAGGACACUGAGAAGCUGGUGGAGACAGCUGGUGAAGAGGAGAAGGAAGAAGAGAAGACCAGCUCUCGAGCUACACUUGGGCGCCUGCUCUCCUACUCUAGGAAGGAUUCUGGGCUACUUUCUGUAGCUGUCCUCUUCCUCAUCAUCUCUGCUUUGUGUGAAGCCUUCAUUCCAUACUAUUAUGGGGUAGCCAUAGACAGCAUUGUGGUUCACCAGAGUAUGGAGUACUUUGCUAAGCCUGUGGUCACAGUGGCUGUUCUGGCAUUAGUCAGUUCAUUUGCCAUGGGAGUGCGAGGAGGAGUCUUCACCCUGACAAUGGCCAGAUUAAACCUGCGGCUCAGAAACCAUCUCUUUAGAACUUUAAUGAGUCAGGAAAUAGCUUUUUUUGAUGAAAAUCAUACUGGAGACAUCCUUUCACGCCUGUCAGCCGACACCACCCAGGUGAGCGACCUCAUCUCCCAGAAUGUCAACAUCUUUCUGCGGAGUGCCAUCAAGGGUGUCGGGUUCUUCAUCUUCAUGUUUAAGAUGUCCUGGAAACUCACUUUGGUCACUGUCAUGGGAUUUCCUUUCAUUGCCCUCGUCUCAAAAGUUUAUGGGGAAUAUUACAAGAAACUGACCAAAGAGGUGCAGACAACUCUUGCAGAAGCUAAUAAGGUUGCAGAAGAAACUAUCUCGGCUAUGAGGACAGUGCGUAGCUUCGCCAAUGAGGGUGGAGAGGCCGACUCCUACUAUGCAAAGCUCUUUGUCAUGUUUCAGCUGAACAAAAAACAAGCCCUGGCCUACGCCUGCUACAUGUGGUCCAGUUCUACUUCCGAACUUGCUCUUGAGGUUGCUGUCCUUUACUAUGGAGGCCACCUUGUCCUCACUGGUCAGAUGAGCAGUGGAGGCUUGAUUUCUUUCUUCAUUUACAUGCUGGAGCUGGGAGAAUGUUUUGCGAGCAUUGCAUCAGUAUACACGGGUCUCAUGCAGGGAGUAGGAGCUGCUGAGAAGGUGUUCGAGUAUCUGGACAGGAAACCCAAACAUCCAGCUGAGGGCGCAGAUGCUCCAGACAUAUGCACUGGUCUGGUUGAAUUUAAAGACAUUACCUUUGCCUACCCAACACGCUCUGAGACUGAUAUCCUCAAGGGAGUGUCCUUUACUCUACGACCUGGGGAGGUGACUGCUCUGGUGGGGCCUUCAGGCAGUGGAAAGAGCUCCUGUGUGAGUCUGCUGGAAAAUUUCUAUGUCCCACAGCAAGGCCACGUGCUGCUGGAUGGAAAACCCGUCAACACAUUUCAACACAGCUAUCUUCACUCCAAGGUUGCUCUGGUGGGACAAGAACCUGUGCUGUUUGCGCGAACAGUUAAAGAGAACAUCGCCUACGGACUGAGUGACGUCUCUAUGGAGGCUGUGGUGCAGGCUGCCACCAAAGCUAAUGCUCAUGAUUUUAUAAGCGCCCUCCCCAGAGGAUAUGACACAAGUGUUGGAGAGAAGGGCACACAGCUGUCUGGAGGACAGAAACAACGGGUGGCCAUCGCCAGAGCUCUCAUCCGUAACCCACGUGUUCUGGUCCUGGACGAGGCCACCAGCGCUCUGGAUGCUGAAAGUGAACACAUUGUUCAGCAGGCUUUGAACAACAUCAUGCAGGAGCACACGGUGAUGGUGAUCGCCCACCGACUCAGCACCGUGGAGAAGGCUGACAACAUCGUUGUGAUCGAUGGAGGCCUUGUGGCUGAACAGGGGUCUCAUGAUGAGCUGAUGGCGAGCGGCGGACUUUACUGUAAGCUGGUGCAGAGGCAGGUCCUGGGCAACGAGAGCAGGGCGGAGGUCCUCAACCCAGCAGAGAACAUCAGGUGGAAGUCGAGUAGCGGACAGCUGCGGAAAAGAGUAAAUAGCAACAGCAGUGGCAGCGAGUCGGACUACAAUAUGCGCUACUGAAGCUGCUGUGUGUCAGGAUUUCUAAGUGCAAUAAGAGGUAAUGGUUCACACUAGUGAAUUAUCGGGCAUGUCCAAUUACAUGGGUUUGGGUGAAUUUACCCCAGAAACGGCUUAAUGUGAUGCUACAUAUCAAAACUUAUUUGUGCUAUCAGCUUUAAAAAUAGAUAAUAUACAACUGUUGAUGUCCUGGGCCUACACGAUGGUGUAGUAGCACUUUUGCCUCACAGCAAGACGGCUGCAGGCUUGAUGCCUCGCUCUGACUUUUCUGCAUCGUAUUUACACAUUCUUCUGUGCAUGUGUAGCUUUUCUCUGGGUACUCCAGUUUCCCACAGGCCAAAAAGAUGCAUGUUAGGUUUGUGUGGAUAGUUUUUUGUCUGUGUGUGUCCCUGUGAUAGACCAGGGACUUGUCCAAGUGUGCUCCCUGUAGCCCUGUACAGGAAUGAGUGGGUUGCCACUCACCACACUCCAGCUAGACCCAUUUGUUGUUCUACUGACUUAACUCAGGAUCCACUUUGCUUCUGAACUGGCUAUGGAGAGAGUUUGUAAACGGCCUAAGCACUGUCAGAAGAGGAGACGGUUGAUGUUUCAGCUGAUAGUUCUGUUUGAUGGAACAAGUAAAGUUUGUUUCAAAUACUGUGGAUGAAAACAUAUGCCUUCAGUAGAAAUAAAUAAUUUAUUCCUUAUGAAAGCACAUGAGUUAAAACAAUACAAUGUGAUACUUGGACUAUGCAGUUUCCAACGUUAAAGAAUAGAGUUCUUACAAGAGAAUGUAAUCCUUAAAAUGCUUGAAUUUAAUGUGAUAUUUUGAAGGUUUUAAAGUUGCUUAUUCUUGAAACUGAAGCUGAUUUAAGCAGAAUAAAAUUAUUUUUACAGCACAAGGAAAUUAAACAAUCAUUAAGCAUAUAUGUAUUGUUUGUGUGUGUAAUAUGACCCAGUUACUGAAAAAUGUGUUGGAACCCUGAGAGAGACCUUCCCAGUCAUGAAAAACAGGCCUUAUUUUUGACUGUUUUAUCCAUAUCAUCAUGUUAUGAUGUCUUAAAUGGUAUAGUAGUUCUAUGGUCUAUACCUGGGGUUCUCAAUCCUGUUCCGGCAGGGCCGGUAUCCAUGAUUUAGUUGUUUCCCCACUUUAACACACCUAAUUUUAAUUAGUAGAUGAUUGGAGCGGAGAAACAACGAAAACAUACUGGCUGGACCAGGACUGAGAACCUAACCAAACAUGUUUAUGAAGUUGGUUGCACUAAAUCCCUCUCACAUAAAGCCAUCUCAGCAAUUUUAUUCUUGGCAGUUUCAGUAUCUUUCAGAAUGAGCCAGUUCAGGCUCUUUCACUACAAAGGACCUAUAUCAUGCAAACAAAAAAACAACCAAAACACUUUUGGGGCAUUUGACCAAGUUUUAUUGUUAUUUCCUCAUGAAAAAACAACCUCGAAGCGAUUUUUGGCUUCACACAUACAUUUUCCUGUCUCAGCUGCAAAUCUUCUGAUCUGCCUAGUGGAUCCAUCCAGUUAGUCUCAAAUCUGAAUUCUUCCUCACCAGGGGCCUCAUUUAUCAAGCUUGCUUACGCACAAAACUGGGUUGGAAAGCUGCGUAAGCAACUUUCCAUGCAAACUUUGGGAUUUAUGAAAGAACUUAGCAGGAAAAUGUGCGCAACUUUAAGUUGACUAAGGACCUGGCUUACACACAUGUUGGACAUGGAGAGCACCUGCAGUGCUGCUGCUGAGAAGGAUAACAUUAUGAAAUCCUGCAGCAUUAUCACUUGUACUGCUUCGUUUUCACACAGAACAAGACCCCCCCCCACACACACACACACACACACUCAGCCUGAAGCGCAGAAUACGGAAUGCAGAACAUCAGCAGGGGGACAGAUUGAGACAGAAUGCCAUGCGUCUGUGACAGUGUGUGUGUCCUGUCACUGUGACCUGAUUGAUCAUGCGCCCUGGCUAUUUAGACAAGGGAGAUCUCCAUUUGGCUAACUGGUUAGCGCGCGUGACUUUCACCUGGGAGUCUGGGGAUUGAAUCCCGAUUUAACCAUUUUUUUUUAUAUCCACCACAGAUCUCUCUGAAGAAUUCACAACAUUGACGGCUUCAGCAACGCUGUGCCACUCCGUGGAUUUUCAUUAUUUGUUUUGCAAAAGCACUUCCUUUCAUUUUUCUACCUCACCCACAGGUACCUCAACUUCUGCUUGUGAAAUAGCGCUUCCUUGAUCUGCCUUGAUCUACGGUCGCCAUCGUCACUGACGGAGCGCUGCAACAAGCUGGCUUAUGUUUAUGCAUGAGAUCCACAAGGCACUUUGCAUUGACUAUUUAUGGCAGUAAGUGGGCGUGGUGAGGGCAGGAUGGGACUAAAAAGCAGCUGAGAACAAUUCUAAAUAGUUUCUGAUUUAUGAAGUGGAGAUUGCGUGCAGCUGUGCGUACUCCAUGUUUGAUAGAUCACAAACCUUGGCGUAAGUACAUUUUUUUGGUUGAGCUUAAGUACGGUUUUAGUAACGAUUCUACGCAAUGUUUGAUAAAUGAGACCCCUGGACUGUAAACACUAACACCCAGUCUCUCAGAGCAGCUAGCAGGGAGUUCAUUCUCCACAGAUGUGAAAAAACUAUCUUUUUUAUUUAAUCUGCACUUUAAAUCAUGCCUAGAACCUGAAAUUGUAUUUUUGUCUGUGAGAGAUACAGAAUCCCUGUUUAGUCUUAUUUAAAAGAGUUUCCGUAGAAAUGGUUGUAGCGAGCCAGAAAGUGAUUGUGAUUUCAGACUGCUUGUUAAAUUCCGCCAUUGGGUGAGUUUUCAGAUGGAUUACUUCUUCAAACCGGUGCCAUUCUAGGCCAGGGUGGUUAACAACCAAAAUACUGAGAUGUGAGUUAUGAAUGUUUUGUCCCCGUGAUGGACUGGAGACCUGCAGGGUGUCUUCCGCAUCUCCCUCACUGCUCGAGCCAGCUCCCUGACCUAAUGAGGAAACGCAUUUCAGGAAGUGAAUGUGUGAGUAACCUACUAGGGCCCAAUCUCAAUGCUCCUGACGGGCCCAUCACUGCGGUCUUCAGCAAAGUGCAUUUGGACAAAGUGCGCAGAAGGGUUUGAGUGCGUAAUACACAAGUGAGCAUUGCGUCAUCGAUCGCAACGCAUGCCGGGAUGCUGGUCGCUGUGAAACUUUUUUCAAAAACCUUUAGUAACAACUUUCAAACAAACAACAAAGCUACUUUUUAAAUAAAUUUAACUUCAUUGCUGCUUUGUCUAAAACAGGGGUGUCAAACUCAAAUUCACACGGGGCCGAAAUGAAACUCUGGGACGAAGUCGCGGGCCAAUAUUCAUAUUUUUUGAAAAAGUGAUGGCAAAUUUGCACAUUUUCUUUAUCAACAUAUAUGCAAUUUUGAACCUUUAAAUUUGGAAACAAACAUUUCUGCAUUAACACUGAAUGUGGAAUAACCAAAUUACACACGAGCAAGUCUGUUUUAAAUAAAAGGCAUCAGUGGUAUUCAUUACUUGUGGUAUAAUCAGCAUUUUUAAAAUCUAUUCAGGAUUAAUGUUUUCUUGUUUAUUCAUUUUUCUUAUUUUUAUUCUCCUUUUUUUCUCCUGUAAUACGUGUCAUCGCUGCUGUGACGUCUAGCUUUCCCCACUGAGGAACAAUAAAGGGAUUUUCUAUUCUAUUCAUCUAUCUGCAGCCUUUCCACUUCCUGUUUACUGUAGGUUAAAUCUUUUCUCACGGGCCAACAACAAAACAAAAAUAUAAUUUUAUCUUAAAUGAAAAUGCAACAUCUCACCUGUUAACUUUCAUGUUUUGGAGCAGAAAAAGAGCAUAAAACCAACAUAUUUAAAGCUCAGUUUGCUCCACUGGUUUACUGUGAUGCUCACCUGUUCCAGCCAGAUACCUGCAUCAUGGGGUUGAUCUGAGCUGAGGAGGAGACUCCUGUUGUUUUGUUCAUCUUCAUCAUAAUAAUGACAACAUUAGAUGACAACAGGUGCUCACAUAGGUUUGUGCUGCUGAACAUGUCUGAGCAGCUUGACCACGUUGUUGUGUGUCGGGGAGGAAACACAACCACAGCAGCCACAGAGUCGAGCUGGUUUGAGUGUGUCGCUGCUCGCUGGAGUUAUAUCGGCUCGUCUAGACGUUAGUUGGAAAACUUUCUCUUUCAGUCGUGAACACAUUACUGAGCGGCUAGAAUCUCAGUUUCUGGGCUUCAACGUCAGAAAAUAGCUGAGUGAACUCGGCGCUGAGUGAAAGGAGUGUUUAAUUUGUCCGAGACAGCAGAGCUGCAGACACCGGCAGCAGACGCCGGAAAAAACACAGCGGAGGGGGCGCUUCGGCUUCGCGCUAACACCGCAAAGCAUCAUGGGAGUUGUAGUCUUUAGGGUAAAAUCAGCCAGUGGGUCAGUUUUAAUAUAUUUUUGACAUUUAUCUCGCGGGCCACAUAAAAAUGCUCCACGGGCCGCAUCUGGCCCGCGGGCCUUGUGUCUGACACAUGUGGUCUAAAACAUUCAGAGCACCAACUAAUCGUCCUAAAAUGAACUAAUUUCAUUAGAAAAUACAUAUUUUCAGAAAAGGAACUUGAGCCUUUUUGCCCGCAGCAAUGACUUGUGGGUAAUUCCCUUCCCCGAGGUCUUGGGUGAAGUGCAGAUUAAAGUCCAUCUUUUAAGUAGUUUUAAAAUCAAAAACAUCUAUCACAU